AUGUGUAUUUAUGCAGGGGGAAAGUUGGUUCACUGGAAAAGCAGUAAACAAAAAUUAAUUAGUAAAUCUACAUUCACCGCUGAACUAUAUUCAUGUAUUUCUGCAGUAGAGUAUACAGUCUAUGUGAAGAAAUUUCUAGGAUUUUUUAUAUCAAGAUUAAACAAACCAGUACUGUGUAAAGAUAAUGUGCCUCUUUAUAAGUCACUUCAAAAAGACUUUGGUUAUACAAGUAAAGCCAAAGCUACUGCAAUAAAUUUUUUAUAUUUAAAAAAUAAACUUAAUAAUCUUGUACUAAAAGUAGUUUCAACUGAUCUUAUGAAAACUGAUUCACUAACGAAAGUUUCAAAUAAACUAAAGUCUUUAUUCGCAAGGGAAGUGUCAUGA